AACUCACCAUUAAUAUCCAUUGCAGCAACAGCAACAGCAACAACGACUACCGCAUCCAUUUCAACAGCCACGAGAACUCCAGCAGUGGCCGCUACGUCGGCGCUUUCAUCCGCGAAUUCCGUGGCCAGCUACUAUGGCUUAGGCAUACCCAAGUCGCCCUCAUUUCACAGUGGACUUGAUCAAUUGGCCGAAAACAACGGCGACUUUUACGUCAAUCGGCCACAAUUGCCAAACGCCAACGGCCGCUGUGGCCACGACGACAACGACCUACAUAGUGUUGUAGGCAGCACUAGCGGCGGCUCCAUAGUACGACAACCAACUGCAGCAAAUCGCGAUAUAAAAUUCAAAUUCACUAAUAUUGAGGAAAUCAAAACGAAAUUUCUGGUAGGAGGGGCGCAAGUUAGAGCCGCUCACCCAGUUGGUAACAACCAUUGCAUUAUGCCCACAAUGCCGCAGCAACAGCCAGCAGACAAUGCGGCCACCGGAUCAGCAACGCAGUCGUCGAUAACAACAAAAAGCAGCAACACAUCGUCGUCAGUGACAACUGCUCCUAUCGCCACUGGCAUUGUUUCCGCCGCUGUUGCCUCGAUCUACAACUCCACCAACAUAUCUACAUCUACAUAUACGUACAAUUCCAAUAAAGUAAUGUCCGCCAACAAUACAUCUCCAUAUUCCUCAUUGUUAGCAUCAUCCUCAUCUACACCGGCAACGACAUUGACAUCGUCAUCGGCAUCUGCAUGCAUGUCGAAGCCGACUUCGUCUGGUACAAGCACGGCUGUGGCCGGUGGCCUGCCUGGUGGAGGCGUUGGCGUUGGCGUCAGCGUUGGUGCUGGUGUCGACUGUGCUGCUAUCAAUUCAAUUAGUACUGUCAUUGUCACCACAUCGACGACGACAACGUCAUCAUCUCUGGUUGCGACACUGACACAACACUUCUCAGCUGCCACCUCGGCUACAUCACUGCUUUCAACAGCUGCCACAUCAUCGCUAACCACUAACAAUAAGUCGCCAGUGAGUGCGGCUGCCGCUAUCAAAAAUAUUUUGAAUGCUACAAAGAAUGUUGGCAAUUCUGCUGCGGCCGUAGCGACGAAUAGUUUUAACGGCUGUCAAGGACAACCGACAAAUGUGGCACAAAAUAUUGUCAGCGGUAUCGGUUAUUCGUUGGGUAUUAGUAGUGCUACCAACAAUAAUACAGCCACAUCCGGCGGAAAUGGUACAUCUUUAGCAACAAGACUAAACACUUCUAUUGUGGCGCAUUUUCAAAAUGGCGGCGACGAGUCGAAUAAGGGUUGCAGCGCUGGAGGCAACAAUAGUACUAAUGCUACUCGUAAUGGCAAUGGCCAAGCCAAUGGCAGCAGCACCACCGCCGACGGACCGACUGGCAACGGAAUUUUAUCGCCGCAAACAUUACAGCAAAUCACCGGAAGUCCAGGGCGCGCACGUGAUCGCAAUCUUUUCCAUUCACCAUCUGCGACAUCGGAGGUCGUACCAUUGCCGCUACUGCGAGAAACACCUGCUAAUGAACGUGAGCAACUUUUGAUACAAAAGUUAAGACAAUGCUGUACGCUCUUCGAUUUUUCCGAGCCAUUAAGCGACCUAAAAUGGAAGGAAGUGAAACGAGCGGCGCUGCACGAAAUGGUGGAGUAUCUGUCCAAUCAGAAUGGGGUUAUCACGGAGGCAAUAUAUCCGGAGGCAAUAAAUAUGUUUGCAGUAAACUUAUUUCGCACAUUACCGCCAUCGUCAAAUCCUAACGGUGCUGAAUUUGAUCCGGAAGAAGAUGAGCCGACGUUAGAAUCAUCUUGGCCUCAUCUGCAAUUUGUUUAUGAACUGUUUUUGCGUUUUCUUGAAUCGCCAGAUUUUCAGCCGAACAUCGCCAAACGUUAUAUUGAUCAUCAAUUUGUGUUGCAACUGCUGGAACUUUUUGAUUCGGAGGAUCCACGCGAACGUGACUUCCUAAAGACUGUACUGCAUCGGAUCUAUGGGAAGUUCUUGGGUUUGAGAGCAUUUAUACGCAAGCAAAUCAAUAACGUAUUCUAUCGUUUUAUUUAUGAAACCGAACAUCACAAUGGCAUUGCUGAACUCUUGGAAAUCCUCGGUAGUAUUAUCAAUGGUUUUGCAUUGCCAUUAAAAGAGGAGCACAAACAAUUUCUGCUGAAAGUACUCUUACCGUUGCACAAAGCGAAAAGUCUGUCUGUUUAUCAUCCGCAGCUAACAUACUGUGUAGUGCAGUUCCUGGAGAAAGAUCCAAGCCUAUCAGAGCCAGUCAUAAGGAGUCUUUUGAAGUUCUGGCCCAAAACACAUAGUCCCAAAGAAGUGAUGUUUUUAAAUGAACUGGAGGAGCUACUCGAUGUCAUCGAACCAGCUGAAUUUCAAAAAGUUAUGGAACCGCUGUUUCGGCAAAUUGCCAAAUGUGUGUCGUCACCACAUUUUCAAGUCGCCGAACGUGCGCUUUACUACUGGAAUAACGAGUAUAUAAUGUCGCUGAUCGCUGAUAAUUCACAAGUCAUAUUGCCGAUAAUGUUUCCGGCAUUAAAUAGAAAUUCAAAAACGCAUUGGAACAAAACGAUACAUGGACUUAUUUAUAAUGCACUUAAGCUGUUCAUGGAGAUGAAUCAACGUCUUUUCGACGAGUGUAGUCGAAAUUACCGUCAGGAAAAGCAGCUGGAACGCGAAAAGAUGUCGCAACGCGAAGAGCUUUGGAUGCAGGUUGAGUCUUUGGCCAAAAGUAAUCCUGAGUGGCCAAAAAUGUGUGGUCAAAUGGACAAUUUAAGUAUUUCAAGUAGUCAAAACGAGUUUGAAGAAAAUGAGAAUUGUGAUCUGACUUACGACAAAUUUGAACAAGAAAACAGACAACAACAGAUGCAACCCCAACAACAAGCAGCACAGGAAACUAGAGAGGUGAGCUAAACAGAAAGCAUUACGCCAUUUUUGUAGGAAAUAUUUCAUAACCAACGAAUCAGUGGUGCAAAGUUUGUAGUUGUAAC